AUGGCUUCCUCGACCUCUGUGACCACCCCUUCAUUGGGCGCUGGUCAGCUCCCCCCCGCCGCCGAUGGCCAGGUCACCCUGUACCCGCCAGCCACCAGCCCUCCCCUCGGCCGCGAGGACAGCACCGAGAUGGUCCUCGAGCUCGUCGACGGCACCGCCUACCGCGGCAUCAGCUUUGGCGCCGAGGGAAAGAGCAUCUCGGGAGAAUGCGUCUUCCAGACCGGCAUGGUCGGCUAUGUCGAGUCGCUGACCGACCCGUCGUACGAGGGCCAGAUCCUUGUCCUCACCUUCCCCCUGGCCGGCAACUACGGUGUCCCCUCGCGCGAGGAGGCGAGCAAGAGCAUCCAGAACCUGCUCGCCUCGCCGUUCGAGUCGAGCCGCAUCCACGUCGCCGGCCUGGUGGUGGCCUACUACAGCCACGACUUCAGCCACUACCUCGCCAACUCGAGCCUGGGCGACUGGCUCAAGGAGAACGGCGUCCCUGCCAUCUACGGCAUCGACACCCGCGCCCUGACCAAGCGCAUCCGCACCAAGGGCAGCAUGCUCGGAAAGCUGCUCGCCCCCAAGCCUGGCGCUGGCAAGAUCGACGCGUCCGCCGCCGCCGCCGCAUCGUGGCGCGAGUCCUUCGCCGAUCUGCCCUACGCCGACCCCAACCUCACCAACCUGGUGGCCAAGGUGUCGAGCACCCGCCCGCAGCUCUACACGCCCGCCAACACCUCGCCCGGAGAGUCGCUGGGCAAGUUCGAGGCGCCGCUGAUGCACCCCUCGGGACGGCCCAUCCGCAUCCUCGCCCUCGACGUCGGCAUGAAGUACAACCAGAUCCGCUGCUUCACGUCGCGCGGCGUCGAGCUCAAGGUGGUGCCGUGGGACCACGACUUCCUUGACCCGCGCGUCGAGUCGGAGCCCUACGACGGCCUCUUCAUCUCCAACGGCCCCGGCGACCCGACCUCGUGCGGCCCCACGAUCGCGCGCAUCGCCCGCCUGCUGCAGCUGCGUGGCAACGACAUGAUCCCCAUCUUCGGCAUCUGCCUCGGCCACCAGCUGCUCGCCCUCGCCUCGGGCGCGCAGACCGAGAAGCUCAAGUUCGGCAACCGCGGCCACAACAUCCCGUGUACCGACCAGAUCAGCGGACGCUGCUACAUUACGUCGCAGAACCACGGCUACGCCGUUAAUGCCUCGACGCUGCAGCCGGGCUGGCACGAGCUGUUUGUCAACGCCAACGACGGCACCAACGAGGGCAUCUACAGCUCCCAGGGCCCGCACUUCAGCGUCCAGUUCCACCCGGAGAGCACGCCCGGCCCGCGCGACACCGAGUACCUCUUUGACGUCUUUAUCCGCAGCGUCGUCGACUGCGCCGCCGUCAAGGCCGCCCCUUCGCCGACCCCGGACGCGCUGCUGCCCCCCGUCGCCUUCCCCGGCGGCAUCCACGCCGAGCACGCCGCCGCCAACCCGCGCGUCCACGUGCGCAAGGUGCUCGUCCUCGGCUCCGGCGGUCUCAGCAUCGGCCAGGCGGGCGAGUUUGACUACUCGGGCUCGCAGGCCAUCAAGGCGCUCAAGGAGGAGGGCAUCUACACGGUGCUGAUCAACCCCAACAUCGCCACCAUCCAGACGUCGUCGGGCCUGGCGGACAAGGUCUACUUUGUGCCCGUCACGCCCGAGUUUGUCCUCAACGUCAUCCGCCACGAGCGUCCGGACGGCAUCUACUGCACGUUCGGUGGCCAGACGGCGCUCAACGUCGGCAUCAAGAUAAAGGAGGACCUCAAGGCCAUGGGCGUCCGCAUCCUCGGCACGCCGAUCGAGACCAUCAUCACCACCGAGGACCGCGACCUCUUUGCCCGCGCGAUGGAGGAGAUUGGCGAGCGCUGCGCGCCCUCGGCCGCCGCCAACAACUGGGACGAGGCGCUGGCCGCCUCGCGCACGAUUGGCUUCCCCGUCAUUGUGCGCGCCGCCUUUGCCCUCGGCGGCCUCGGCUCCGGCUUCGCCUCGAACGAGGACGAGCUGCGCAAGCUGUGCGCCGCCGCCUUUGCCAACUCGCCCCAGGUCCUCGUCGAAAAGUCGAUGAAGGGCUGGAAGGAGGUCGAGUACGAGGUGGUGCGCGACUGCCGCAACAACUGCAUCACGGUGUGCAACAUGGAGAACUUUGACCCGCUCGGCAUCCACACGGGCGACUCGAUCGUCAUUGCGCCCUCGCAGACGCUGUCCGACGACGACUACAACAUGCUCAGGACGACGGCGGUCAACGUCAUCCGCCACCUCGGCGUCGUCGGCGAGUGCAACAUCCAGUACGCCCUCAACCCGCACAGCCGCGAGUACUGCAUCAUCGAGGUCAACGCCCGUCUGUCGCGCUCGUCGGCGCUGGCGUCCAAGGCCACCGGUUACCCGCUCGCCUUUAUCGCCGCCAAGCUCGGCCUCAACAUCCCGCUCAACGAGAUCCGCAACUCGGUCACGCGCGAGACGUCGGCAUGCUUCGAGCCCUCGCUCGACUACGUCGUCACCAAGUUCCCGCGCUGGGACCUGCGCAAGUUUGUCCGCGUCAGCUCCAAGCUCGGCAGCAGCAUGAAGAGCGUCGGAGAGGUCAUGAGCAUCGGCAGGACGUUUGAGGAGAGCAUGCAGAAGGCCAUCCGCUCCAUCGACUACCAGUUCGACGGCUUCGGCCGCAACGACUACGCAAAGGACUCGGACAUUGACGAGGAGCUCGUCAACCCCACCGACCGCCGAAUGUUUGCCAUCGCCAACGCCUUUGCCAAGGGCUACACCGUCGACAAGGUCCACGACAUGAGCAAGAUCGACCGCUGGUUCCUCACCAAGCUCGAGGGCCUGAUCAAGGCGGCCAACGUCUUCUCGACCUUCAGCGCCGCCCAGCUGCCGCCCAGCGUGCUGCGCCAGGCCAAGCAGCUCGGCUUCUCGGACCGCCAGCUGGCCAAGUGCCUCAACAGCACCGAGCUCGCCGUCCGCCGCCUCCGCCAGGAGCACGCCAUCAUGCCGUUUGUCAAGCAGAUCGACACGGUCGCCGCCGAGUUCCCGGCCUACACCAACUACCUCUACACGACCUACAACGCCGUCGAGCACGACGUCAGCUUCGGCGACCGCGGCAUCAUGGUCAUUGGCUCCGGCGUCUACCGCAUCGGCUCAUCGGUCGAGUUCGACUGGUGCGCCGUCCGCGCCAUCCGCACGCUGCGCCAGCGCGGCUUCAAGACGAUCAUGAUCAACUACAACCCCGAGACGGUGUCGACCGACUACGACGAGGCGGAUCGCCUCUACUUCGAGAACAUCUCGCUCGAGACGGUGCUGGACAUCUACGACCUCGAGCAGUCGAACGGCGUCAUCAUCUCGAUGGGCGGCCAGACGCCCAACAACAUCGCGCUGCCCCUCUACCGCCAGGGCGUCAAGGUGCUCGGCACGUCGCCCGAGAUGAUCGACAUGGCCGAGAACCGGUACAAGUUCUCGCGCAUGCUCGACAAGAUCGGCGUCGACCAGCCGCUGUGGAAGGAGCUCACCAGCUUCGAGGAGGCCCACGAGGCGUGCGCCCGCUUCGGCUACCCCGUGCUGGUCCGCCCCUCGUACGUCCUCAGCGGCGCCGCCAUGAACGUCGUCUACUCGCCCGAGGACCUCAGCAGCUACCUGUCGCAGGCCACCGCCGUCAACCGCGAGCAUCCCGUCGUCAUCACAAAGUACCUCGAGGGCGCCAAGGAGAUCGAGAUGGACGCCGUCGCAAAGGACGGCAAGAUGAUGAUGCACUACAUCUCCGAGCACGUCGAAAACGCCGGCGUCCACUCGGGAGACGCGACGCUGAUCCUGCCCCCGCAAGACCUCGACCCCGAGACGAUCCGCCGCAUCGAGGUGGCCACAUCGCAGAUUGCCGCCUCGCUCCACGUCACCGGCCCGUUCAACAUCCAGUUUAUCGCCAAGAACAACGAGAUCAAGGUCAUCGAGUGCAACGUCCGCGCCGCCCGCUCGUUCCCCUUUGUCUCCAAGGUGACGGGCGUCGACGCCAUCCAGAUGGCCACCGAGGUCAUGCUCGACCUCCCCGUCGAGGCCUACCCCAAGGUGUCGCUGCCCAAGGACUACGUCGGCGUCAAGGUGCCCCAGUUCAGCUUCAGCCGGCUGGCGGGCGCCGACCCGAUCCUCGGCGUCGAGAUGGCCUCGACCGGCGAGGUGGCCUGCUUCGGUCGCGACAAGUACGAGGCCUACCUCAAGGCCAUGAUCGCCUCGGGCAUCCGCCUGCCCACCAAGAACGUCUUGCUCAGCAUCGGCUCGUUUAGCGAGAAGCAGGAGCUGCUGCAGACGGUUCGCACGCUCCACCAGCUCGGCUUCACCCUCUACGGCUCUUCGGGCUCGGCCGACUUCUACUCGGAGCAGGGCAUCCCCGUCAUUCACCUCGAGGCGCUGCCCGAGGACGACGAGAGCAAGUUCGAGGAGAGCUCCAAGUCGGCCUACUCGCUGCUGACCCACCUCACCUCGGGCAUGUCGUCGCUCUUCAUCUCGCUGCCCAGCAAGAACAAGUACCGCCGACCGCUGUCGUACACCUCGAUGGGCUACCGCGCCAGGCGCCUGGCCAUCGACCGCUCGAUCCCGCUCAUCACCAACGUCAAGAACGCCAAGCUGUUUGUCGAGGCCCUCGCCCGGCACCGCCGCAGGUCGACGUCCGGCUUCGAGCUGUCGAGCGUCGACUACAAGACGAGCCACUCGACCUACACCUUCCCCGGCCUCAUCAACGUCCAGGCGUUCCUGCCGAGCAUCGCUGAUCCGGCCGUAGGCGCGCGCGAGCUGGCCGAGCUGACCAAGGCCUCGAUUGCCGGAGGCUUCACCACGGUCCAGGUGCUGCCUGUCGGCCUCUCCACCAGCAUCGUCGACUCGGCCUCGCUCGCCACUGCCGAGGGCAAGAUCGAGGGCGCCGCCCACUGCGACGUCUCGCUCGGCGUCUCGGCCACCGCCGCCAACGUCGACCAGGUCGAGGACCUCUCGGAGCGCACCCGCUCCCUGCUCGUCUCGUUCAACGGCCUUGGCCCCAACGUCAGCAAGGCGGCCGCCGUCGCCUCGCACUUUGCCUCGUGGCCCGCCGACACGCCGAUCGUCACCGACGCCCGCAACACGGACCUGGCUUCGCUGCUGCUGCUGGCCAGCCUGCACAGCCGCAGCAUCCACGUCACCAACGUCCUCUCGCGCGACGACAUCCAGCUGAUCGCGCUCAGCAAGGCCAAGGGACUCAAGGUCACCUGCGACGUCACCGUCUACGCCCUGUUCUUCACCACCGAGAUGUUCCCCCAGGCCACCUGCCUGCCCUCGGCCGACGACGCCAAGGCGCUGUGGGAGCACCUCGAGGACAUUGACGUCUUCUCGAUCGGCAGCACGCCGUACCAGCUGGCCACUGAGCUUGGCCACACCGCUUCGCCCAUGUCGGGUGUCGAGGAGGCGCUGCUGCUGCUGCUCGACGCGGUCAACGAGCGCAGGCUCACCGUCGACGACAUCCUCCACCGCCUCUACACCAACCCGCGCGAGAUCUUCGGCAUCCAGGCGCAGCCCGACACCCAGGUCGAGGUCGACAUCGACCGCCCCAGCGCGUUCGCCAAGCGCGACUACUGGUCGCCCCUCGAGGCGCGCGCCACGGUCGGAUCGGUGCACCGCGUCAUCUACAAGGGCAAGACGGUGCUCAUCGACGGCGAGGUGCUGUCCAACACCACCCUCGGCCGCAACGUGAGCGGCCUCGCCUCGACGGCGGUCGCAAAGCAGGCCAAAGUGGCUUCGGCCGCUCGCCGCGUCUCGUUCUCCAACGAGGGCCGUCUCACCAGCGGCGGCGCCUUCUCGGGCUUCGACUCGCCCUCCUCGCCUCCGCCGCUGGCGCUGUCGAUGGGGUCGUCGGCCAAGUCGCCCGUCCUCGGCGCCACCGACGUCCAGCAGCCGCGCGGCAGCAUCAUGUCGACCCUCCUGUCUGAGCAGCAGCAGCAGCAGCAGGCUCAGCAGCUGGGCCAGGCGGUGGUGCCUUCGAUGUCGUCGGCACUGACUGCCAUCGCGCCCGUGCCGUCGAUCCGCUCGGCCAUCUACCACCCGACGUUCUCGCGCCGACACAUCCUCAGCGUCAGCCAGUUUAGCCGCGAGGACCUGCACGCGCUCUUCACCCUGGCCGGCGAGAUGCGCGUUGCCGUCGAGCGUCAGGGCUCGGUCGACCUGCUCAAGGGCCGCGUGCUGGCGACGCUCUUCUACGAGGAGUCGACGCGCACCUCGUGCUCGUUUGAGGCGGCCAUGCUGCGCCUCGGCGGACAGGUGGUCAAGGUGCAGCCCGAGAAGUCGUCGGUGACCAAGGGCGAGACGAUCCCGGACACGGUCCGCACGCUCGGCUGCUACGCCGACGCCGUCGUGAUGCGCCACCCGACGGCGGGCAGCGUGCACCUGGCGGCCAAGUUCUCGCCGGUGCCCGUCAUCUCGGGCGGCGAGUCGUCGAUUGAGCACCCGACGCAGGCGCUGCUCGACGUGUUUGCCAUCCGCGAGGAGAUGGGCACCGUGGCCGGCCUCACCAUCACCAUGAUCGGAGACCUCAAGCACGGCCGCACCGUGCACAGCCUGGUGCAGCUGCUGUGCCUGUACGGCGUGACGGUCUACUACGUCAGCCCCGACUCGCUGCGCAUGCCCGACGGCGUCAAGGCGCAGGUGGCGCAGCGCGGCAUCCAGCAGUACGAGUCGACGCAGCUGACCGACGACAUCCUGUCCAAGACCGACGUCCUCUACGUGACGCGCGUCCAGCGCGAGCGCUUUGCCGAUCUGGCCGACUACGAGGCGGUCAAGGACAGCUACGUCGUCGACAACGCCGCCCUGUCCAAGUGCAAGCCGUCGACGAUUGUGCUUCACCCGCUGCCCAAAAACAACGAGCUGGCCGACGACCUCGAGUUUAACCCGCGCGCCGCCUGGUGGCGCCAGGUCAAGUACGGCCUCUACUUGCGAAUGGCCCUGCUCGCCAUGGUCCUCAACACUGGCCGUGCCUGA